GAGUUCCCGGGCGGUCUGCUAACUUUCGCUGCAGGGUGAAAACAAAGGUGAAGUCGUCUCGCGGUACGGUGAAUUCAUUUCAUGGAAAACCACGCAAGUAUUCCCAAGCAGAGAAUCAUGGUUCAAGCCAAAGCCUGGAUCCUCCCCAAGUACUUCGAUGGCUUCCCCAAAGACAGCGACUUCGAGCUGAAAGUUGAGCAGCUGCCGGAGCCUAAAGACGGAGAGAUUCUCUUGGAGGCUGUGUAUCUAAGUGUGGAUCCUUACAUGAGGCCUUUCAGUCGGGUGCGGAUGAAAGAAGGAGAUGUGAUGAUUGGAGCUCAAGUGGCCAAGGUGGUCCAGAGCAGAAACCCCUUGUUCCCCGAGGGCUCUCACGUGAUCAGUCGAUCGGGCUGGAGGACGCACACCGUGUCCGACGGCACUGGCGUCAUACUCCUGCUCUCUGAUUGGCCAGCUGAUGUGCCAUACUCCCUGGCACUGGGCGCCAUCGGCAUGCCUGGGCUCACUGCCUUAUAUGGUCUGGAGGAGGUGUGUCAGCUCAAGGCCGGCGAGACGCUAUUGGUCAACGCGGCGGCGGGUGCCGUGGGAAUGGUGGUGGGGCAGAUCGCCAAGCUGAAGGGCUGCCGUGUGAUUGGCUCGGCAGGGAGCGACGCCAAGGUGGCCUACCUGAAGGAGCUGGGCUUCGACCAGGCCUUCAAUUACAAGACUGUCCAGUCACUGGAGCAGGCCCUCAGAGAGGCGGCGCCAGAGGGAUACGACUGCUACUUCGAGAAUGUUGGCGGUGCUUUCUCCAGUGUGGCCAUCCCCUUGAUGAAGCCCAUGGGCCGCAUCGCUGUGUGUGGAGCCAUCUCUACUUACAACGACACCACUCCACAGACAGGACCGUUCCCGCACCUGACGAUGAUCAUGAAUCAGAUCCGUAUGGAGGGCUUCCUUGUGGGUCGCUGGGAGCACAAGAACAAGGAGUCGCUGCGCCGUCUGCUCGUCUGGAAACAAGAGGGGAAGCUGAAGUGUCCGGAGCACGUGACCAGCGGCUUUGAGAACAUGCCAGCUGCCUUCAUGGGCAUGCUCCGUGGGGAGAACCUUGGCAAAGCCGUUGUUAAGGCCUGAGCCCACCCCCCUCAUCCCACACUCCACCCUACCAUUGCCCUGCCUGGGUGACAGACAGUGCUUGCAGCCAAUCAGAUGCUUCAAAAGCCACUUUGGAGCUGUUUGGACUAAUGGAACCACCCGCCCCCGCUCAAGCGCUCAAAAUCCCGUGCUGCCUUGAAGUGCCAUUUGUCUUUAUGUCCACCAGUAACUUGCGGUUCAGUUCAAGCAAGUCGGUCAUCAAAAGAGGAACAGGACAUUUCCCAACUCCCAACUCUUACACUUGCAGUAGCAUUAAUGACCGUAUUAACAACAACAAAUGUUUUUUAUGAACUUCUUAGCCUUACCCUGAUCGUCCCAAAGUAAUCAUAGAUCAUGGGUGUUUAAGCAGAUAUGUGAAUUACACUAAGUGAGGGAGUGUGUUCCUGCUGGUUUGGACUGACACUGAAAUGGCUCCUGUUUUUUGGGGAAAUAAAGAUUGAUUUUUCUUACAA